AUGGCUUCCAUAACUCUCUAUGUUCUUCUUCUUAUCAACUUCCUCUCCAUCCUCUGUUGUGCAACAGCACACACAGAGACAGAGCCUCAUCCUCAACACAAAACAUACAUUGUCCAGCUAGACAGUGAUCUCCAAAAACCAUCACCUUUCCCCACUCAUGAACUCUGGCACUUAUCACUUGUGCAAUCCUUAGCCGAUCCCAUAACCGACCAAGAGCUGUUCCUCUACAGCUACACCCAUGUUCUGCAUGGGUUUAGCUGUAGAUUGACGGAAGCUCAGCUCUCCGAGAUAGAGACGUGGCCAGCCCACGUUGCCACUUAUCCGGUGACAUUCGGCGGGAAGCUUCUCACUACCCACACUACAGACUUCUUGGGGCUGCGACAUGAUUCCGGGCUGUGGCCGAAUUCCUCCUACGGUGAAGGGGUCAUCAUAGGGUUUGUUGACACGGGGAUCUGGCCAUCAAGUGAGAGCUUCCACGAUCGAGGCAUGCCAGCUGUUCCCGAAAGGUGGAAGGGGCAAUGCGAAGAGAAUUACGACUUUAACUCCUCUUCGUACUGCAACCGAAAGCUGAUCGGGUCUCGGUUCUUCCUAAAAGGUUCCCACAGUUCGGGAGGCAUCUUGAAAGUAAGCCAUGGGAGUCAUGUAUCGUCGACGGCUGCGGGCAACUUUGUCCUCGGCGUCAGUUAUGCCGGUUAUGCCAAAGGCACGGCCAGAGGAGUUGCUCCUCGUGCCCACAUAGCAAUGUACCAAGUGGACCCGGAUUCAGAUGCCCUUCCUGCGGAAGUGCUGGCGGCAAUUGACAAAGCAAUUGCAGAAGGGGUUGACAUCAUCUCCUUGUCCAUCGGCUUCGAGGGUUUAUCUUAUGAUCAAGAUCCGGUCGCAAUCGGCGCCCUUUCUGCUGCCGAGAAGGGCAUUUUCGUGGCUGCCGCCGCCGGCAACAAACCAGAAGCGUCCCAUCUCAUCAACGGACCGCCGUGGAUCACAACAGUCGGAGCCGGGACCAUGGAUCGAGGUCUUACAGCCAGUAUGACUCUGUCCAACGGAGUGGGAAUCAAGGGAUAUUCUUACUUUCCCCUAGACAUCUCUACCGUCGAACUUCCCUUGUACUACCGAAAGGGGAAAUCUGGAUGUGAAGCUACCUCGCUGAACCGCUCACAAGUUGCAGGCAAGAUGAUACUCUGUGACAACUCCUUCAAGGAAGAAAUCUCACUUGAGUUGGUUCCAGCUCUUAAUCGAUUGGGGGCUUUUGGAGCAGUCUUGAUCACUGAUCGGCCCGCCGAUUUGUUAGAGCCAGAGGAUUGUUCGAUUCCCUUGAUAGCUAUAUCUCAGAGCUCAGGGGAUUCGGUACGGAAAUUUGCAAUCGACACCCCAGGAGCCAAAGUAGAGAGUCUGCGCUUUCAGUCGACAGACAUUGGGGUCAAACCAGCUCCCCAAGUGGCGGGCUUCUCCUGCAGAGGGCCGGACCAAUUUCACCCGGGGAUACUGAAACCGGACAUUUUGGCUCCCGGCGUUGAAAUCCUGGCGGCCUUCUCCCGCAAGCUGCCAUACAUGUCUCUCGGGGGAUACAGUCUGAUGACCAAUUACGGCAUUCUCUCCGGCACAUCGAUGGCGGCCCCACACAUUGCUGGCGUUGCAGCUCUUCUGAAAUCCGCCCACCCUGAAUGGAGCCCAGCUGCAAUUAGAUCGGCCAUGAUGACGACGGCUUACGCGGUCGACAACACGGGCCAGAGUCUGACGGAGCAGUUCACGGGGAUUCCAAUGUCGCCGAUCGAUUUCGGAGCCGGACACAUCGAUCCAAACAGGGCCAUGGAUCCAGGGCUGAUAUACGAUAUCCAGGUCCAGGAUUACAUCGAUUUCCUGUGCGGGCAGAACCUGACGAGAAAGCAAAUCGACUUCAUCUUGCAGGGGCGCGGGUGGCACUGCAGCAAGAGAAUUGAGGUGGAAGAGCUCAACUAUCCUUCUCUCACCGCCGUGUUCAAGUCCAAGAGCAGAGCCGUGGAGUUCAGCAGGACCCUGACCAACGUGGGGGGCGACGGGCGGUCGGUUUACAGAGUGUCGGUGGAGAAUGCCCCGCCGGCGAUGAGAAUCGAGGUGGUGCCGGAGACUCUGGUGUUUCGUCACAGGAAUGAGACCAACAAGUUCCAUGUCCACCUGGAGGUUGAAGAAGGAUCCCCCGCGGUGUUGUACUGUUUCCUGCGAUGGAGUGAUGGAGACGGCCAUGUGGUUUCCAGCCCCAUCGUUGCCCUCACUCUCGACGAUCACGGCCAGUGA